AGAUUAGCUUUAAAUGAAGGCCAGUAGCCGUUUUUGUUUAUACUGUGAAAACUGAUAUGUUCUGUACGUGUUGUCUACCGACUUGGAUACAUUUGGAUACACUUUUAAAGUAGCUUCAUUUGUAAACUAGCUGUAGCUUCUGUGUGUGUUUUGCUAGUAAGCACCGCACUGCGGGGACGGACAGAAACGGACUGACUGCCAGAGGAAAGACAGCAGGGAGGGGGGACCAGACCUGUCCUGAGCUGUGUACUUGGGAUGAAGGCUGGUGUUUCCUGUGGCUGACAGGGAGAUAAUUUAUGAAAGAGAACAUGAAUGAAGGAAAGGUGAAAGAAAAGCCAUGAUGCUGCACCAAAACUGAUCCACGCUUGCUGCCAAGGAACACCCCCAUCUGCUGCCAGCUUGCUCUGGUAAUGGCUAACUCAGUGGCCUUAGUGGUCCAAGCAGAACUCUUACCAUCUCAGUCCACCACCUCCCUCUCUCCUUUCCCAUCAUCCCUUCUUGGUUCGGGAGAGGAUGUCGAGGACGAUAGGGACGGAGGGGAUCUGGUGGAGGGAGACAAGGGAGUAGUAGAGGGUGGGGAAGAGGUGGUUCUGGACAUGGUGACAUCCUCUGUGUCGGGCCCACCCCAGCAGCCCGAGCAGUCGGACCAUCCCUUCCAGUGUAUGGACUGUGGGAAGAGCUUCAGGUGGUCGUCAAGGCUGACCCACCACCAGCGGAGCCACAACAAUGAGAGACCAUACCGCUGCAACCUCUGCCCCAAGGCCUUUAAGGGUUCUUCUGCUCUGCUCUACCACCAACGGUCUCACUCAGGGGAGAAGCCUUACAAAUGUCAGGAGUGUGGAAAAGCUUUCAAACGCUCCUCUCUUCUCCAGGUCCAUCAGAGUGUCCACACUGGACUGCGUACCUUCUUGUGCCCCUAUUGCCCACUGACCUUUAAAUGGAGCUCUCAUUACCAGUAUCACCUGCGCCAGCAUACUGGAGAGUGUCCAUACCCUUGUGACACUUGCCCCAAGGCCUUCAAGAACUCUAGCAGUCUGCGGCGACACAAGAAUGUCCACCUGGGUCUCAAGCCUUACACCUGCUCUGUGUGUAACAAAUCCUUCACUCAGUCUACCAACCUGAGGCAGCAUAUGAGGAUACAUACAGGUGAGAGGCCCUACAUCUGCGGGGAGUGUGGACGAAGCUUCACACAUUCAUCGAACCUCGCCCUGCACAAGAACUCGCACUCCAACCUCAACGCAGGGGGGAAGGAGGGAAAGAGGGGAGAGGACGCGAGGAAGGGAAAUCAGAUAGUGGAAGUGGUGGUGGGGGCAGAGGAAGUGACAUCGUCCAUGUUGACGGACAUGGUGGGAUUUGUGAGCCAGGAGGGAACUGAUGGAGUGGGGGUGGGGAUGGAAGAAGUGUUCCUGUCAACCACCUCGUCCGGACAGAAUUCGAGCCUUCUCCCACAGCUCACUCUCACCUCCUCGGGGGAGGGUGUGUGUUCAUCUAGGGCCAUUGGGACAGAGGUUCAUCUGAGCACAGACACCGGGGCCAGUGUGCUGCUGUACAGCUGUGGCAGCUGCAGUCACACCUUCGGCACACGGACAGACUUAGAGGACCACCAGGUCAUCCACAUGGCUCCAGAGGGACACGAGGCCGGUGGAGAGGCAGGGCCUGAAGCAGGGAUGGAGGUUGGGGAUGGGUUGGUGGGCGCUGGUCACCUUCUGGCUGAUUUUGAAGAGGUGGUGGAGACUACCACAGUGGCUGAAAAUGGACACACGACAGAGGUGCUCCUUGGACUGACGGAGGGAUCAGAUGACAGCAAUACAAAUGUGGGCACCACCCAGGCCCAGUUUGACCUUCUGCAGAGUUUCACCGAGGUGACUCAGAGCUCUGAGAGCGUUCAGCCAGAGGCCAGAACCACAUGGGCAGGGCUGUCAUGUGGCUACUGCAACAAGACAUUCAAGACCAGUGGAGGCCUCAAUAGACAUGUAUCACUGAUGCACUCUCUCUCAUCACAGUCCCGCUCCCAGUUCAGCUGCUCCGCCUGCGACCGCUCCUUCCCCCUUCUCUCCUCACUCCUCACCCACCAACACUCCCACACACCUGAGCAACGUCUCCUAGCUGAGGCAGAGGCUGAGAUAGUGUGCCCUCCUUCCCUUUCCCUGUCUCUCCCCCUUCCCUCCUCUCCCAGUGACGCUGACAAGCAGCAGGGAGGCCAGAGGGAGAUCCAUGUCAACAUCAUCGCUGUUGGUGAGGAGCAAGAGGAACAACCGGCCAAACCGACCAAAGCCCCCAAAAAGACGGGAGCCAGCAAGAGCACUCCUGCUGGAGAGAGGCCAUACCGCUGUUCAGAGUGCGGAAAAGCCUUCAAAGGUUCAUCAGGGCUCAAGUAUCACAUGAGGGAUCACACUGGGGAGAGGCCCUACCGCUGCACGGAGUGUGGAAAGAGCUUCAAGAGGUCGUCUCUCCUCUCAAUCCAUCAGAGGGUACACACAGGCGUCCGGGCAUUCCAGUGCCCUCACUGCCCUCUCACUUUCAAAUGGAGCUCUCACUACCAGUAUCACCUGCGGCAGCACACGGGCGAGAGGCCAUAUGUGUGUAAGGAGUGUGGAAAGUCCUUCAAGAACACCAGCUGCCUGCGUAGACACAGUCAGAUGCACUCUGGACUGCGGCCUCAUAUCUGCUCCAUCUGCUCAAAGUCUUUCUCCCAGACGUCAAAUCUCAAACAGCAUGAACGCACCCAUUCUGGCGAGAGACCCUUUCAGUGCACACACUGCAAUAAAAGCUUUACACACUCCUCCAACCUCCAGCUCCACCUUCGCACACACUCCUCAAGCAAGGACUUCAAAUGCCCGUACUGCUCUAAGGAGUUUGUCAUGCACUCCUACUUGCAGAGGCACAUCCGCACCCAUGGCAGUGGCGUUCCCCUGCCCUGCCCUGGUGGUGGAGGUAAAGAGGGAGUGGCUGUGAAAGCCAGUGUUGGAGGAAUAACAACCACCACGACCCUGCUCAACCCCAUCACCCUGGAAACCUCAGGAAACCAAGGCAGCCUGAUUGUGUCUCAGCCAGCACUCAAUAUCCCUCCCAACACCUCCCAGAACUACUUUAUGAUUCAGACAGCCAGCGGCCUGCAGCUCAUUCCUCUCUCAUCACCUGCACCAGCCCUUCCACCUCCUCCUCCACCACCACCUCCGUCCCAGACCCAAAACUUCUUCCUUCUACAGUGUCCCUCCAACAAUGGCAGCCAGUCCAGCUUGAUUCUUGUCCCCACAGCUAACAACCCUCCACCAACUCCAGAGCCUCUCCCUAUGCUUCAGACAAUCCAAGCUCUCCAGCCCGUCCUAAACCAAACACAGACUCAGAUAUCCCACUUUUCGACCAUAUCGCAGCAGCAGACCAGGUUCAUAAUCACCAACAAUAAUAACAAUGCAAACACUCCCGUUGCCACGCAAACACACACUCUCUCAGCCAACUCCCUACUGUCCAAGCCCAUACUGGGGAAAAGCACACGGACUGCUCGGGGCAGACGGGGACGCAAACCAAAAGCUGCUCUUCAGCAACCUGCAGCAGCUCCUGUCAGUCAGGCUGCAGGUGGAGCUCCGUCAGUAACAAACUGUAAUGUCUCACAGACUUUUACUGCUGCUAACACUUCACCAUCUGUAUUAACAACUUCUUGCUCUGCUGUCCCAAUUUGUUCAUCUUCCACCACUGUGGACACCUCAGGACACCCUUCAACUGUUACUAUGGUUACACCAGCCACCACAGUAGCCACAGCAGCAGUUUCUACUCCUGCUCUUGCUACUCACACCACUGUGGGGCGAUUAAGGACAGGGGAGAACAUGUCAGGGAAACAGUUUGUGUUAUGUUUUGAUAAUGAAGGACGGGCAAAGGAGGGGAUGAAUAUCGAGGAGGGUGGGCAGUCCUACGUGUUACAGUUCGAAGGGGACGCAUCAGGAGAAGGAGCGGAUGGAGGAAUGGGCGGAGAGGGCAAAUCCCUUGUUUUGCAGUUCAAGACAGAUGGGCAAGGUGAAGGAGUAAAGGGGGGAGAUAAGGGGGGGAUGAUGUCACUUCUGCGUGAAUGGAGUGGAGAAAAGCAGGGGGAGAGACAGACAGGAGACGAAGGAAGCCAAGGAGAGUCUUAUGUCCUCCAUUUCCACACAGAGACACAGGACAACGGGCCAUCCAGUGCUACCUUCAGCCAAGGGCAAGAAACCAGCCUGCAACUUUCCUGCACUCCUACCCAAAGUUUGGUGCCACUUGAUGGGCAGGAGGUUGUGUUUGAACUAGGGGGUGAGACCAAGAUGGAGCAGGAAACUGAGGAAGGUAUGCAGAUGAUAGCCCUGAUGGAAGGCGAAGGGGGAAUGAUGGGAGAAGAAGGGGCUGGUUGCAAUGCUGCAAGUGGGAGGGGGGAGGAGGAGGGUGGUGGAGCCAUGGAAGGAGCCAUGGAAGGAGCCAUGGAAGGAGCCAUGGAAGGCAUAUUUCAGCUGGGAAAUGGAGAGGAAAUUGUCAUAAUUGAGGUCAGCACCAGUAGCUUAAGAGAAGGAAUAAUGGAGAGAGUAGGGGAUGGAGAGAUCUCACAAAGUAGUGAGGUGAAAUAUGAGAGUGUAACAGCUGAGGCAAAUGAAAAGUCUGUUAAGGAACUCAACUCUGCAGCCGAUACAGAGGUACAGACAUCAAAUGAGGACUCGAGAAGAAAUGGACCUUUAUCUAACUCUAAAGAGAUGCAGUUCUCUAACUAAAUGCAUGCUAGAGAAGAAGAAAGUGUGUGUGCGAGUGAAUGCCUCACUGUUUGUGGGCUCGGUGUGUUAGCACUUUAGUUUGAGUUCUCCUGGUGCUGGGGGAGAACAUGCAGUUAGAAGAGUACUGUGUUGUGAUCCCAUGGUGCCACAUACUAGAAAUGUUAUACAUUCAAAUAGGCUGUACAUGGACCUUGGAAUAUUCCUAAAUAUAUUAGUUUAAAUGAUACUGUCAUUGGCAGUUUGUUUAUUAAGUAAAUAUGAAUUUUUUUGUGAAUAAAUGUUGUACAUGGCCCACUUUCUUCACAAUGUUAAUAGCAAAUAGUACUUAAUUAUCAAUAAAAAUGUCAAUACCUUU